GUGAUAUUUUUUCCCUUUAACUCCUCCUCUGGAGAUGGUGGGAUGGUUUUUAGAGCUGACAAAUGUACAAGAGUGAAGCUUCUCCAGCUCAAACUCUCCCAUGCAUUUCUCCAAACACCUCACCAGCAGAGAAACACACACAUUCGGCUUGAGCAGACACCUUCAGGAGGCCAGUGCUUAUCUUUGACAUUUUGAACUCAGAUAUUCUGGUGUGUUUUGCAACCCAGAAAAUCCGUCUAAAUGCUGACAGAGCCGUGCGGCCUGAUGGGAUCGGAUGUCAGAGACCUGAGUGCCCUGCUUCCAGCCGUCCCGACGCUUCCAGGGGGAAACUCAAACUCUCUGCCCAUCGGCGGAGCUCCGCAGUGGGGCCCGAUGCUGGACUUUCACCCUGCCUCUCCCUAUGGAUCUCUUCCCUCCCACUCCUUCGUGAAGCAGGAGCCCGGCUGGGGGCCCGCAGACCCUCACGAGGAUCCUCACUGCGGUUUGGGGGCCUUCACCGUACACUUCUCUGGGCAGCUGACAGGGAUGAAAAGCCCAUUUGCUGAUCCUCCUUCCAGCCAGAGCAGAAUGUUCUCCAAUGGGCCUUAUUUGCCAGGCUGCAUGGAGAGCCCUCCUGCUUCACGCAACCAGGGUUAUGGGACGGUAGCAGUAGACGGAGUUCCCAGUUACGGUCACACACCUGCACAUCACACACCUCCGUUCCCCAAUAACACCUUCAAACACGAGGACCCGAUGUCUCCGCAGUGCACCAUGGGCGAGCAGCAGUUUUCCGUCCCACCGCCUGUAUACGGCUGUCACAGUCCACCUGAUCAGACGCUGCUUCUGAGAAACUCCUUCAACAGUGAUAAUCUGUACCAAAUGAAGUCUCAGCUGGAGUGUGUGGCCUGGAAUCCUGUUAGCUCACUGACGCCUAGCAUCAAGAGCUCCAGUUAUGACAGUGAGGCGUCUCCAGGAGCCGCUCCUCUGGUUUACAGCUGCAGCACACAGUAUCACAUACACACGCAUGGGGUGUUCAGAGGACUACAGGAUGUGCGGCGGGUACCAGGCAUCCCUCCCUCCGGUAAAUCAUCAUCAGACAGCAGUGAGAAACGGCCGUUCGUCUGCUCUUAUCCAGGCUGCAGUAAGAGAUACUUCAAACUGUCCCAUCUGCAGAUGCACGGCAGGAAACACACAGGAGAAAAGCCGUAUCAGUGUGAUUACACGGGCUGCGGCCGCCGCUUCUCCAGAUCUGACCAGCUGAAGAGACACCAGCGCAGACACACAGGCGUCAAACCCUUUCAGUGUGAGACGUGUCAGAGAAAGUUUUCACGCUCAGACCACCUGAAGACUCACACGCGGACUCAUACAGGUAAAACAAGUGAGAAGCCGUUUACGUGCCGCUGGCCGAGCUGUCAGAAGAAGUUUGCUCGCUCAGAUGAGCUGGUCAGACAUCACAGCAUGCAUCAGAGAAACAUGAGCAAACUGCAGUCCACCGUCUGACACACACACAAUCGCACACACGCACACACACACACACACACACACACACACACACACACACACACACACACACACACACACACACACACACACACAGAGAAAGAAACACACACACUGACCA